GGCUCGCGGCCCCCGAACGUUGGGCCCGGCGGCCCCGCCCCGCGCUGUUGUUUGCGGCGUCGGCGCGGCCGCGCGAGCCGGACCACAACAUUCGCCGGGCGGCGGCGGCGGCGGCGGCGGAGCGGCGAGCGCCGCGAGCCCGGGCGGCCGCCCAGCGCCAUGUCGGUGAACACGGACGAGCUGCGGCACCAGGUCAUGAUCAACCAGUUCGUGCUGGCCGCGGGCUGCGCGGCCGACCAGGCGCAGCAGUUGCUGCAGGCGGCGCACUGGCAGUUGCAGACCGCCCUAAGCGCGUUCUUCCAGGAGAGCAACAUUCCCAACAGCCACCACCACCCGCAGAUGAUGUGUACUCCCAGCAACACCCCUGCCACGCCGCCCAACUUCCCUGAUGCGCUGGCCAUGUUCUCCAAGCUUCGAGCCUCUGAGGGCCUGCAGAGCAGUAGCAGCCCCAUGUCAGCUGUGGCCUGCUCCCCCCCUGCAAACUUCAGCCCCUUCUGGGCCGCAUCCCCACCCAACCACCAGACGCCCUGGAUCCCACCCUCUUCCCCUAACUCCUUCCAUCACCUCCACUGCCCACAGCCCACGUGGCCCCCUGGAGCGUCACAAGGGGGUACCCAGCAGAAAGCCAUGGCAGCAAUGGAUGGCCAGAGAUGAGACUGGACGCCACUGGGCUGGAGCAGGGGGCAGUCCAGGGUUGUGGGGACACAGAGGAGGGCUGGGGAGGGGGGGAAAUGCAAGAGGGUGGGGGGAUUUCUUGAAGAUCGCACUGGAAGAUUUUAUAAGAGAAUUUUUGUGGGUGGGGGGACAGUAAACGUCCUGAGCCACUUGGGUUCUUCAGGAGUUUCUCUUCGGGAAAGGUUUUUUUUUCCUCUUUUUAAUAUAUAACUAUAAUAUAUAUGAAUAUAAAUUUAGUUAAUGUAUGUGAGAGUGGGGCCUGCACAUGCGGCAUGUUGGGGUCAGAGGGGAAGGCUCACGGUCUUGGGCAGCACCCCUUCGUCUGCCCAAUUGAGAGGAAUAGGGGUGCUCAUAGGCACAGUGAGCGUGCAUGCCGCCUGCUGGCUGUGCUGCCUCCAUUAGAAGGCACACCAACGGUUAGGAGCCCUCCUUCCUCCACCAAGAGAGGUGCUCCCAGAAGGGGCCCGUCAAACCAUGGACUUUUCUAUCCAUUGGUAGGCAGUUUUCAUCCCUGCUGGGGGUGGCCUCUUGGGGAGAGUGGCCCUGAAACUGUCACCCUGUCACCAGCCAGGUGUGCAGAGCUAAAGAGUUAGCUGGCCUCUGAUGAGUGGAUUCUUGACUGUCCCACAGGUCCCCAACCUUUGUGUCUGUCCAGGGUCAGAGAAGGACAACUCAGGAGAGCCUGCCUUUGGAUUGAGUUCCCAGAUUAAAGUCACAUGUCACCAGGGUGCAAUUUUAAUUUAAAAACUUAAAAAGUUUUUUCUAA